GAUUCGCCGCGAGGACACAGAAAAUAAAAGAGAGAGAGAGAGAGAGAGAGAGAGAGAGAGAGAGAGAGAGAGAGCAGCGAGGAACCGUUGGCUUUUGCUGAGGCUCGGGGAUGCUGAAUGAAAGCAAGGAUUUCAAGCAAAAGAGAUUUGCCGAAGAUUGUCUCUCGCUACAUGAGCAUUGAAAAUGAGGCGUGAAGCGACAUUGGCCAAUUCACAAAAGCGUAUUUGACAUUGAAAACGACGGUGCAACAGAAGCCAUAGCUGGAAAUGGUGUCAAAAUGAGGCUUAGGCUUGUGACAGUGACGAUCCUGCUCGCCAUGGCGAGUAGAGGAGAUGGAAGACCAAGGCAUCCCGAUCCGUUGGACAGUAGUAACAGUAGCAGGCAGGAAGCAAACGUCGGAAGUCCGGAUAGCAGGUAUAUGAUGACGCUGAUGUCUUCGCCUACGUCCAGUCACCGACGCGAUAUCAGUAUUACUAGCGUUAAGUUCGAUAGUAGUAGUAAUAAGUCUAAUUGGUUGAGGCGUUCUAUGUUACCUAGUUCGAAUUUUGGCGAUAAUUCUAGAAAGAAUUAUCUCCCUCUCGGCGCACUAUCUUCUGCUACUUCUAGUAAAAAUGGGUUGAAUGUCAGAAGCAAAAAGAAUUGUCAAUCGACUGCGAGUAAUAAUCGCAAUCCAAUGAUGAUUCCGUUUAUUUCUCCACCAGAAUUAUCCACACCUAAACCUAUUUCUGUAUCGAUAACCACACAAAGGGGUCGGAAAACGUCACUACGUGAAGAACGGAAUUCUAACACUCUUUCACUACCACUACUUAUACCAAUUCCAGUUGCUAUACCUGUGAAAUCGAAAGUUCUGGCAAAGAAUAUACCACCUCGUGUAGAGCGGAAGAUGGCAUCGAGAAAUUUGGUUAAAAUUAUACCGCAAAGGCUCAAACCAAAUAAUUAUUAUCGUAGAAAUUUUACAAAUAAACCAGUAGUAACUGUGACGGAUACGUCGGUAGUUGAUUUGAAUUUGAAAAAUUGGCCAAAUGAAGUUGUACAAAAUGUCGAGGAUCUUUUUAAUUAUGAAAAAUAUACUUCUUUUUUCGACGACCGAAAUGAUGACAAUAACAAAAUAUCAACUGAAGUUAUUAAGCUACCUAAUAAUCAUGAAUCAAUAAUAAAGAGCCCAGGAAUUCAAGAAAUUCAGUGGUCGAAAAUUCCAGUAGUUGCAGCAACAUCCUCGACUAUUGAAGAUGUACAGAUUAAUUCUAAUACAAAUAUUAACAAGAUUAAUGUUCAACAACUUCCUUCCACACAGAUAGGGCAAAACACUGUUGUUCAUAUCAUGAAUACUGGUUCGCGAAAACCAAACGUUACAGUCGUUGAAUCAAUGGCAUCGCUUACUCCAAAUCGGACAAAAACUGGAAGUACUCGUCCACCUCAAAACGUUCAUAUAAUGUUUAUGUCAGACAAGGAUAGCAAUCAGACCAGUGGAAAACCAAUGAAACCAGUUGAGAUUACUGGAAGUGAUUCAGACUGUCCAACUAUUAUGAUCAACUCUAUCACUCAGAUAAACAAUACCAUUGAAAGUAAGGAAGGAUGCACAGAUUUGAAUAUUGUUAUCAAAUCUCAUGUUCUGAAUACUCAGGUCUUCAAACCAGGUUCUAAUGUACAAAACGUACCAUUGGGUAAUUCGCCUGAUGGUGUGAAGGAGCCUUAUGGUCAAAUAUCUGAUAACCUUUCUAAUAACUAUCAAAUAAAUCUACCUUUAAACGAUUAUCAUACUAACAGUAAUAAUUAUGAAAAUAAUGAUAAAGCUCCUGAAAACCAACCUCAAUCUGAUACUGAGACUUCAGAAUUUUCUGAACCAGGUACACAAGUAUCAACAUUGGAAGUAUUCCAAAAUACUCAAAUUAACGUAGGGGGAAAUGGAUUUCAAUCGGAUAUUCCAAACAAUGUAGAUGAUUUUGGUUCGACUACAGCAGAUGAUUCAGCAGGAACUAAUAUUGCUGGGUCUUCAUUGACAGAUUCAACUGAAGGUACUAUGGAUAUUACGGAAACUCAAGGUUCUACAGGAGCUCAAAAUGAUCCUGUAGCUACUGGUUCUAGUGAAUCUGCUGUAGUAUCUUCCGAUAUAACUCAGACACUAUUAGAACCUGCUGUUGCAGUAGGUGAACUUGGUUCACCUCAAUCAAAUGAUGCACCAGGAGUUAUUUCGUUACCAAAUCUACCAAAUAUACCUAAUAUACCUAGGCCAGGUCAAGUGUCCAAUAUUGCCGGUAAUUUGGGAGGUAGUAGUGGAGGUGGAGUAGGUAGCAACGCAGAUGAUGAGGAUGACUUUGAUUUGCUUGAAGCUAUCUCACCAUUAAACCUACUUGAUUCGAUAUCUUCAGUAUUCGACUCUUUCAGCGGCUUAAAUCCUUUAAAUUAUGGAAUUCUUGGUAUGGCUAUGGCACCGUUCGUUGCAUUUGCUGCAGGUAUCGUAGGUGUGGCAGCCUUCAUAUUUCCUUGGGCGUUUCCAGAAUCUUUUGACGUUGCCAGAAAUUGGGAUAAUACCAACACUCAUAUAAGGAUAUUCAAAGUAAAUCCCACGAUUCGAGACAUUGUGCAUAGCUCCAUACACGAUUACAAACAUUUGAACGAACAAGAUCAACAUCGAGAAGUAAAGGAUAUUCAUAGUAUGGACCAAUCGCUUCGAACUGUAGCCACACAAUUACUAAAUACUACAACUAAGCGAGAGGAUCUGAUCAGAAUAUCCGAAGAUCAAAUAAUGUCAGUUGAUAGUCCUAUGUCAAUUGUCCAUAUUUCUACUCAAAUUGGCAAUGUCAAUACUGACAUCAAGAAGGGAGAUGAUAAUAUUGGGAAAAUGAAAUUUGGUAUCCCAGUCAAUUCGAAGUUCGGACAUUUGGAAUUAUCAAAUCCUGGCCAAGCUAUGGCAAUGACUGACGAAGAAAUAGAGAAAGAAAUGGCCACUGCAACUGCUGCUACACGACAAAAGUUUCCCACAACAACAAGUAUGCUCUCGACUUGGAUACAAUUGUAUCCGCCGUCGACGACUACUGAUAAAACCCUGUCCGAGGAAAAGAUCAGUUCACAGAAUACUAAAAUACAAAUCUCUAAUAGUACAAAGUCAGUUCCUGUUAAAUCGACUACUAUUAAAACUAAUAAUAUUCGAAAGGCUGAGACAAAAGCAACAACAAAAUUCGUAGAAAAGACUACUGAAGUUUCUACAGCAUCCCCGAAAGUAACUAAAACAAUGACUACCACUACUACAAAUUCGGUUAACGUGAGUACGACUCCAUCUGCUGCUUUAGUUGAAAAUGAUGUUGAAGAAACUGUUAUGGCAGACAAAAAAUCGCAAACUCAACGAAUAACUCCUUCUUUAUCUACGACAACAAAAUCGACAUCAGUAACUAAAAAGCCUCCUAAAAGUACAACGCUAAUGUCAAAUUCAACAACUCACAAAAACCAAACGUCUAAACCUUCGAAAACGAAUAGCCCGAACAGAAUCAAACCUUUUUCAACUAGACGACCACAUAAAAAUGAUACUGUAAUAAGUACUUCAAAAAUUGAAAAAGUAACAAUCAAACCAUCAACAACUGCUGCACCAAAUAUAGUAGAGCACACCGAUAAACCAUCUUUCAUUACAAAAAUUAAGGCUUCUGUAUUGACUAAUACACAAAAGCCAACAACUCCUACAGUGACAAUGAAAUCAGUAAACUCUAUUCUUUCUAAAUCCAAUUUCACGAACGUAGGAAAUUCUGAAACCAAAAUUCCGACACCUACCAAAGUAAAUAACGCUUUGAAAGUACAUUUGAAGAAACCUACUGAUGAUACAACAAAAAUUGAGAUUCAACCCAUCCGUGUAAAUCCUCCUGUAUUAAUAAUUGAAAAAAUUGAGGAUGGUAGUUCCGAUCAAAACAUUGAUAGCGAAGACAAAGACAUACUCGAAAACUCAAAGAUUGACCUAAAAUUCGAAUUCGAUCCUAAAGUUUCUACUGUUCAAGUACAAACUCAAUCAGCUGAUAUUACCUUACCCACUUCACCUACCAUGACUACGAAAAAACCACGUACAUCGAACAAACGAAAGAGAAACAAGAACCGCCGUCGUAAGACUACAACCACCAGUACUACAACGACUGUUGCUACUGCAACAAAACCCACCGAAGAUGACGACACGGCAGCUCCUGAUUCUCUUGAUCUUGAAGAUUUAUUAUUAUCUGAAAUUCAGUCAAAGAUUGAACCAGAAUCAAAAACUCCGCCAAAAAAUAAAAAACAAAAUCAACAAACUCAAGUUCAAAAACCAAUUGGAACUCAAAUUUAUAAUUUUUUAAGCAGAGAAGUUAUGCCUAGUGUAGGUGUCAUGUCGCUGGUAGGAUUAGGAUUAGGUUUAGCUUCUUACUUCCUAUAUCCAUUCGGUGGAGGAAUCACACGUCGAAAUUAUGAAGUUGAACCCAACUAUAAGUAUAAUCUAGAUGAAUAUGGUGAUAACUACGGCUUGAGCGAAGAAGAGGUUUUGUCGAAAGUUUACUCAGGCAUGACGAGCAACCAAAAUCACGAUUCCAAAUAUAGUAAGAUCGGUGUAGUUGGCGAGAAAAAUUCAAACUACUACAAAUAUUCCGCACUAGAACAACCACAGCAACAGCCAACAAGAUACCCAAUGCCAACUUUAAAAACUCAGCAAAAUCGUGUAGCUUAUAGACCAGUUGAGACAACUUCAUACGACGUUAAUUAUCGUAACACCGAAUUUAAAUAUCCCGACGUUCCAACCACUCCAAAUUACUACGAACGCCAACGACAGCAGCAGCAGUCAACCGAUUUUGUCCCUUCGAUCGGUAAGGUAGCAGUCGGCAACAAUCGGCAGUUCGUGGUCGGUAAUAUACCGAAAGAAUACUCAAGCUCAGAGACCGAUAAAUUGCUUGACAUGUUUCCGAUAGAGGUUAAAACAGAUUCUACUCCGCAAUAUCAAGUGGACAAAGCUUUCCCUAAUCACGAUAUGCCGAUCUCACCAAUGCCGGUACCUGAAAAUUUGAAAGACAUACAUUCGGAAGCUUUGAUUGGGAAAAUCGAUAACAUGCAAUCUGCUGCAUCUUACGACGAUCUUGAAAUGAAUCCAAGUGCUGUGGCAAUUGAACAUGGUCCUCGAGUGUUGAAAUCUUUUAUUCGUGGGAAAAGGGGAAUUAUUCCUGAUCUUUUAUCAAUUAAGAUGUCUGGAUUUCUAACGCCUAGAAAGGAGAGAAGUUCAGCCAUUCAAGUGAUACCAUCAAAAAGUCAAAUUGAAAAAGAGCGUAAAGAAGAGGAACAGGACCUAAGUAAUGAAAUUUUAAAUAUUAUUGAUGAAGCGCUACCUCUAGAAGCCGAUAAACAGAAAAAAAGAAACGAUUAUAAAGAUCAAAUGAAAAAACAUCAAACGAUGGACUCGGAUCAACCCUUGAAAAUUUUGAUCAAGAGUGACACAACGAGUACGACUGCUGUUCCGAAACAAAUGACUACCAAAAGUGCUAGCAGUACAAGCAUGAAAACAACAAUAACAACCGGAGCGGCAGCGUCGGAGAAAGCUGAAGUAAAAGAAACAGCACCAACAAUUACAACGACGACAUCAACGACAGAAAUAACUACGGAAGCAGAAACUGUAGAUCAGGAACCAACGACAAUUGAAAAUGAGGAAAUCAUUACGACGACGGCGAUCCCUCCGGCUAAACCUUUUGAUAUCUUUGCCGUUGCCAGAAAAAUUGCUGAAGUUAAAUUGAGACUAGGACUUACUAUUUUGAAACACGCGAGCGAAGGUUUUGCUCGAUAUAUCGGUACAAUACAAAAGAAAUUUCACGGAGAUGAGUAAUUACCAUUAAUUAACAAAUCGAUGAAUCACUUUAUCAUCCGGAUAACGUGUAUCCUCUGACUAAAUAGA